CGGGGCGCGGCGGCGGAGCGGGCCCCGCACGGGAUGAGCCGCCGCGCCGCCAGCACUGCCGGCCCCGCGCAGAUUGCCAUAUGCAAUGGACACUGAUCUCAGUUCCCAGGACAGGAAGGACCUGGACAAAUUCAUCAAAUUUUUUGCUUUAAAGACAGUACAAGUAAUUGUCCAGGCCCGACUUGGAGAGAAAAUCUGUACCCGCUCAUCAUCCUCCCCAACAGGUUCUGACUGGUUCAAUUUGGCAAUCAAAGAUAUACCAGAGGUUACUCAUGAAGCAAAGAAAGCCCUGGCAGGACAGCUGCCCGCUGUUGGACGGUCUAUGUGCGUGGAGAUUUCUCUCAAAACCUCAGAGGGGGACUCCAUGGAGCUGGAAAUUUGGUGUCUGGAAAUGAAUGAAAAGUGUGACAAAGAAAUCAAAGUUUCAUACACUGUAUACAACAGGCUGUCUCUAUUGCUGAAGUCUUUGCUUGCUAUAACCAGAGUAACUCCAGCCUACAGACUCUCUAGGAAACAAGGCCAUGAAUAUGUAAUAUUGUACAGGAUAUAUUUUGGUGAAGUCCAGCUGAGUGGCUUGGGAGAAGGUUUCCAGACAGUCCGUGUUGGGACAGUGGGUACCCCAGUGGGCACCAUCACUUUGUCUUGUGCCUACAGAAUCAACCUUGCUUUCAUGUCAACCAGGCAGUUUGAGAGGACCCCUCCUAUCAUGGGGAUUAUAAUUGAUCACUUUGUGGACCGUCCCUAUCCCAGCUCUUCACCCAUGCAUCCCUGCAAUUACAGAGCUGGUGAGGACAAUGGUGCAGUAUACCCCUCAGUAGAAGAUUCCCAAGAAGUGUGUACCACAUCUUUUUCCACCUCUCCUCCAUCUCAGUGUGUUUUUACUGUCACAAAGGCACAUUUUCAGACCCCUCCUCCUGUGGUGACGGACACCUUGAAGGUCCCAGUGAUGGGGCUGGCCUUUUCACAUCAACUUUCCAGCUCACGUCUUUCCUAUCAGCCUGCUGCCCUGGGAGUUGGAUCAGCUGACAUGGGGUAUCCUGUACUCUUUGCUGGUGGCUUGAAUGCUACACACCCUCACCAGUUGAUUGGUCCAGGCAAAGAAGGGGGAGUUCCCCCAGUUCCUAGCCAGCCAGCACAUGGCACUCAAGCUGACCAAGAGAGGAUGUGCACCCCACUGGAGGGAGUACAUUACUCAGCAGCUACUCCUUCUAGCAGUGAGGAUACAGAAACAGUAUCCAACAGCAGUGAAGGAAAGUGUGGCUCCCCACAUGACCUUUUGGAGACCAUCUUUAUCCGGAAGGUGGGAGCUUUUGUCAACAAACCCAUCAACCAGGUGACCAUGGCCAACUUAGACAUUCCUUUUGCCAUGUUUGCUCCCAAGAAUGUUGAGCUGGAAGAUAACGACCCCAUGGUCAAUCCUCCUGAAUCCCCAGAAACGGAAUCUCCUCUACACGGCAGCUUACACUCAGAGGGCUCCAGUGGCAGCAGCACAGGGAACACCCACGAUGACUUCGUUAUGGUCGACUUUAAACCAGCAUUUUCAAAAGAUGACAUUCUUCCAAUGGACCUGGGGACAUUUUACCGUGAAUUUCAGAACCCCCCUCAACUCAGCAGCCUCUCCAUUGACAUUGGAGCACAGUCCAUGGCAGAGGAUUUGGACUCGUUACCAGAGAAGCUGGCAGUCCAUGAGAAAAAUGUCAAAGAAUUUGAUGCUUUUGUGGAAACCUUGCAGUGAAGCUGUUUCCCAGUUCUGCUGCAGCAAUUCUUCCUCCCCAAGGCAUCCUGGAGAUGACAUCAACAGAUAUCUCUAUUGCCCCUGCUCUGCCUUUUGUUCACAUUGACUAGUUCCCUCCAUCAAGUGAGCUUUCUUUUCUCUCUUCAAUGACAGAUACAGCUCAUCUGCUGAUUCUCCUCAACUUUUCCACCACAUAGUUCUGGACUGCUUUUCCUGCUCACAGUCAGUUUUAAGACUUCAGUAGGGACACAGGAAGUCAAACCUCAGUGUAUGGAAACUUACUUUCUCUUCAGUCUGUGUUCUGUAUGGAGGGGCAUUGUGGAAAGUUGCCAUAUGCUUCCUCCAAGGGUCCUAUGGUGUAAGUUUCCUAGGUAGAGCUUCUUGCUAACAGACUUUUUCCUGCAGUCUCUGAUCCUGUUAGAGCAUAGAAAGCUUUGGCUUAUUUCCAGGAUCUGUGAGUUCAGCAAAUUCAACUGUUUGAAGUCCAUUCCACAGAACUGGGCAUUUCAUCCCGACUUCAGAGUGCUUGCUUGGAGCACAGGGAGAGAUGUCAGCUUUGGGACCUGCAUAAUCCAAGUUACCUUUGUUUUCCUGCUUCUAAGGAAUUGGGUCUCUACACUGUGCAAUGUUAGGUGGCUGAUAAGCAGGAGUGAAACUGCAGGAAUGCUUUCCACAUUUCCUUCCCGAGUGCACUGACACUCGGCCAUGCUGAGUGUAACAGUGUUGACUGUUGGCAAGCCUGCACAUAGCAGCUGUGAUGAUGCUGAAUUCAUAGUCUCUGCUUUUGAAACAUAACUGUAAAUACUAGGAAUCCUAUUUCUUUAGGGUUAUGUAACUAGGAGUCUUAGUCCAAGAUUUUUUCCUCUAAUCCUUGCAAACCUUCCUGCUUUAUGGUUAAUAGAUGAUCUUAAGAAUUAAAAAAUAUUUAUUGCUUUUAAAGAAACCUA